GACGCGGGGCCUGCUGCUGAGACGAGAUCGUCCAGCGCGUGGAGACUCCAUUUCCCGUUGGGCCCCGCGCGCGCUCACUGCCUAAGCCGCCCCCGGCGGGGCCGCGCAGCCCGCUGGGAGCUGUAGUCCUCGGCUGGGGGAGAAGGCGCGCGACGUGGAGGCACGUUGUGUGAGGCGGCCUCAUGGCACCUGGGGAGAGGGAUGCCCAGCGCGCGCUGCAGCUGCUGCACGUGACCGUCUUCUCCCAGAGCGUCUCGCCCUGCGGCAAGUACCUGGCAGCUGGGAACAACUAUGGGGAGAUCGCCAUCUUCAGCCUCUCGGCCGCGCUGAGCUCUGAAGCCAAGGAGGAGAGCAAGAAGCCGCUGGUGUCCUUCACAGCCCACGACGGGCCGGUCUACGCCAUGGUCUCCACCGAGCGGCAGCUGCUGAGCUCCGGCAACGGCGAGCUCAGGGCCUGGAACUGGAGCGACAUCGUCAAAAAGGGGUGUAAGGAAGCCUGGAGCCGCAGACCCCCGUACAGGAGCAGCCUGGAGGUGCCCGAGAUCAACAGCCUGCAGCUGAACCCCAAGGAUAACAGCCUCCUGCUGGCCGGGGGUGACUGCGCCGUGCAUGCCAUGGAUCUGGAGUCCGGCACCUUCACUCAGGAGUUCCGGGGGCAUAGCGACUACGUGCACUGCCUGGCGCUGCGGGACCACUCCCAGGAGUGCCUGUCGGGCAGCGAGGACGGCACCGUGCGUAUGUGGGAUCUACGCACCGGGGCACAGGUCCAGCUCAUCGAAGUGCACAAAUACGAGGAAUGCAGCCGGCCCCAGCUCGGGAAGUGGAUCCGUUGCCUGGCAACAGACUGUGACUGGAUGGUGUGCGGGGGCGGCCCGGCGCUCACCCUUUGGCACUUGCGCUCCGUGACCCCCACCACGGUCUUCCCCCUGCCCCACUGCCAGCAGCACGUCAUGUUCUACCAGGACCUGAUCCUCUCCGCAGGGCACAGCCCGGCCAUCAACCACCUGCAGAUCAGCGGGGAAAUCAGGGCUCAGAUCCCCUGCACGCCCCGCUCCAUCCACUCGCUCUGCGUCAACGAGCGCUCCCCUGAGCACAAGGUGCUGACGGCCGCCGGAAGCAGCCACAAAGUCGAUGUCUUCACCAACUUCAGCUACCGGGCCUUCUCCCUCUGCUUCGCUUAGCAUCCCCCAGUGCCCCAUCCCCCAGGACCCCCCAAUCCCCUCCUCCAGCACCCCCAGUUCCUCUCCCCCCACCUCUGAUCCCCAUCCCCAGGACCCCCCGAUCCCCUCCUCCCACCCCAGAGCCCUCCUGUACCCUGUCCCCCAGAACCCCCAAUCUCCUCCCCCGUUCCCUUCCACCCCUGAUUCCCACCCCCAGUCCCCUCCCCCCCCCACUCCGUAUCUCUUCCUCCAGAGUUCCCCUGCUCCCUUUUGGUUUUUUCUCUUGUUUGUUUUUUUUUUUUAAAUAAAAUCCAGGUGCCCCCCC